AUGGCUUCCGUAGCCAGAGUCCGGCGGCGUUGUGACGUCUCUGCGUCCGUCUCCAGAGAGACGGAGGACAUGGACCUCAACAUCCAGUGCGAUGCGUUCGAAGACUCCAUGGCGGACGAUGAAGAGGAGAUGGAGAGACUGUACGGCGGGAUCGACAUGAGCAGCCACCAGGAAGUCUUCAGUUUGCUCUUCGCCAAGGUGUCCAGCUGUCCGUCCUCAGUCCAGCUGCUCUCCAUCCUUCAGGCCUUGUCGAUGGUGGACCCAAAGAGAAACGACAUCUGGCUGGCUCUGGAGGCGCUGACCGAUCGAGCCACGCUGCUGGCCCAGAACACUGAUUUAGGCCCCGGUGAUUCGCUGCUGGAUAGGCUCUUCCCCACAAAACAUCUGUCAUCCAAUAAGAAGGUCAGAAUGGUGGACAGGGCGGUGCAGACCCGAACGCUCAGCUGGCCUCCUGGCCAAUUACAGCCGUUAGCAGAGAAACAGGCUCCGCCCCCUGCAGCCGGUUGUCCUCCACCUCCUCCACCUCCACCACCUCCUCCACCUUUACCAGGCACAGGAUCUGCUCCACCUCCUCCACCUCCUCCUCCUUUACCUGGCAUUGGAGCUCCACCUCCUCCGCCUCCUCCGCCUCCACUACCAGGCGCCGGACCUCCACCGCCUCCACCUUUACCUGGCAUGGGGAUCCCACCGCCUCCACCAAUGGAAAUGAUCACCGCUCAUUCAGCACCGACUUUAGGCAGCGGCUAUUUUAGCCCAGCCCACCAUUCAAGCCCCGCCCCCUGCCCCUCCCUGCGGAUGAAGAAGCUGAACUGGCAGAAACUCCCGUCCAGAGUGGUAACCGAUCAUCAGUCUCUCUGGACAUCAUCAUCGUCAGAGUCGGUGGAACCAGAUUACUGCAGCAUCGAGCAGCUCUUCAGUCUGCCUCCCACUGACGCCAAAACCAGAACCAAGACCAGAACGGAGUCCAAAGAGAUUUCGUUCAUUGACGCCAAGAAAAGCCUGAACCUCAACAUCUUCCUGAAGCAGUUCAGAUGUUCCCAUGAGGAGUUUGUGUCUCUGAUCCAGAACGGAGACCGGUCCAAGUUCGAUGUGGAAAUCCUCGAACAGCUGAUCAAACUGCUUCCAGAGAAACACGAGAUAGAAAACCUGAAGUCCCACCAGGAAGACAGAGACAAGAUGGCGUCAGUGGAUCAGUUUUACCUGCAGCUGCUGAACUUGCCCAGCUACGCGCUGAGGAUCGAGUGCAUGCUGCUGUGUGAAGAGAGCAGCUGUGUGCUGGAGACUCUGAAACCCAAAGCUGAACUUCUGGACCAGGCCUGCCAAAGUGUGAGGGAGAGCUGCCGCCUGCCCGGCUUCUGCAAACUCAUCCUCAGCGUCGGGAACUUCCUCAACUAUGGAACCCACACUGGGAACGCUGAUGGCUUUAAAAUCGGCACUUUGCUCCGAUUGAGUGAAACUAAAGCCAACAAGUCCAGGAUCACGCUGCUGCACCACAUCCUGGAGGAGGUGGAGAAGGACCAUCCGGACCUGCUCAACCUGCCUGAUGACCUGCAGAUCUGUGAAAAGGCUUCUGGGGUGAGCAUGGAGUCCAUCCAGUCUGAGUACUCCUCUCUGUUCAAACGGCUCAAAAGCUCUGAGAAGAAAGUUUCCUCUUCCUCUGAGGACAUAAAGGAGCAGUACCUGUCUGCCAUCCAGGAGAGCCUGCAGGUGUGUGAGCAGCUGCAGAAGGUCAUGACCUCUGUGGAGGACAGGAGGCGGGACCUGGCGGACUACCUGUGCGAAGACGUCGCCACCUUCUCCCUCGACGACCUCUUUGGGAUCAUCAAGACCUUCAGAGGGCUCUUCCUCAAAGCUCUCAAGGAGAACGAAAACCGGAGAGAGCUGGAGAAGAAGAGGAAGAAAAGAGAGGAGGAGAAGCAGCUGAAAGGAGAUUCCGGCAGGAUGGUCAAGAGGGAGGUGAACCUGCAGAACGAAGGCUGCAUCAUUGACAACCUGAUGGCCGAGAUCCGGAAGGGCCACGCCCUGAAGAAGACCAGAACGCCGUCCCGCAGGGGCAGCAGGGGGCAGCGCCGGGGGUCACUUCCUGUUCCUGCAGGCACGGUGCACGCUCGUCCCGGGACCAUACGGAGGUCAAAGGCUGUCGAGGACCCCGACUUCCCUCUCUCUAGCCAAUCACAGAAGACAUCUGGAAUGACACCAAUCCAGGAAGAUCCGCCCUCCCAUCCAGGAAGUUCUGGCCAAUCAAAGAAGCCGUUGGAGGCGGUCCAAACUCCUGCCACUUCCAACCAAUCUGCGAUGGCCUUGCCCUCUGGAACGAGUCCUGAUCCCAGGUCAACAGAACCGCCAAAGAACCAGAACCCACAAACACCUGCAGCCGUUCCUGCUGGUCCUGCAGAGGAGACCAGGCGCAGGCGUCAGGAGUCUUUAAAGGACUCGGGUCUGGAAACCCAAAGUUCCUCAGGACUGAAGGGAGUCCAGCCCGGCGCAGAGCGUCCGGCACCGAGCAGAGUCCGGAGCAGCCUGAGCGUGGCGGAUGGGUCGGACUUUGAGUACAUCUCCUCGUCAGAAGUGAGAGGAAUCGGACCGGAGAAUGGCAAAAAUCCAAACGAGAGUCCGAGCAGGAGAACGCACAAGACCCGUCCAAAAGCCGGGACAAACGCAGAGGAUGUGGGUCUGGUUUCCUCCCGGGCCUGAACCCGUCCGCCCCUCCCCUGAGGUAGAACCCGACUCAGACAGAACCUCUGUUCGCUUUUAAUCCCAAAUAAUCCCAUCAGUGAUUCCACGUCUCUGCAUGUCACCUCGAGUCUUUCUGAAUCGGGUUUGAUGACCAAACAUGUCAAAGGUUCUCCUCUCAGCCAAUCAGCUGCUUCGUAACAAAUGUUAGAAAAUCUGCAGAAUAAAUCUGAGAUGAAGAUCCGACUAACACUAAAUCCUGUAAUGUCUGAUUAAAAGACGCAGACCAGGCUGAAAGGCUGCUGUCGCCCAAACACACGGCAGACCAGCGGUGUCCAGAGGCGGCUCCAGACGGACAAUUUCAGGACCAAUUCCUGAGGACAUUUUCCAGAAGAAACUCAGAAAUGACUCGAUGACUGCGUCAGAUCCCAAAGCCCCAAGCAGAAGAAAGGAUGCGUUGUACAGUGAGGUGAGCAGAGGAGGACCCGUCUCCAUGGCAACAGGAAAGAUCUGAAGUGGAAUAAAAACUGUACAUGGAGAGCAGAGAGUAGGGUUUCUGGUUUCUGGUUCAGUGAGCGUCGGUGUGCUAAUGCAGAUUACCUGAGCAGUCAGGUGAGCGGAUGUGGGCGGGACCUCCGAUUUGCCCUGGUUUCAUUGGUUGAAGAUCAGAUCAGAUCUCAGAUCAGGGGAUUCUGGGUAAAACCAGACGGUGAACGUUGAACUCAGUCAGGUGAUGAAGUGUGGGAGUGAUCUCCAUUUCCUGUUACUGCAUUUAACUUCCUGUCCUGCAGCCUGUCACAAUAAAACUCCAUCUGAUGGUUUGUUAAAUCUGCAGGAUUUCCAGUCUGAUCAGGAUUUUCACAUUCUUCUGGAUUUUUUACGCUAAAAAGACACAAAAUUAAAUGUUAAAUUUGCUGAACCAGUAAAACGAUAAAUAAAUAUCUAUAUACUCUUU